AGAAAACAAUUUGCAUAUGGCUGCGACCAUGAAAACGUGACCUUUCAAAAAUUUCUCUAAUAUUUUCGCAGUUUCUGCCAUGUCUAUCCAAUAUAUUGGGCGCUCAGCCGGUAUAUAUUACGGCAAGACACUGUAUGAGAUAUUGUGUCAGCUGAAAAAUUUUGGAGUCGGUCGAAUGGUGAUCAGGGAGUCGUUUUACAAUCGAUAUCCUGAACCCUCCUACUACACCAUCACAAAGUCCACCCCUGACAUGAGUGACAAGACUCUCCGUCAUGGUCGCGCAUUUGCUAAGAGGGUGUUCCGAGGUGUAAAGAUUCCAGAGGAGGAAAGAAUCACUACAGGCUACAAGCCAGAUUGGAGGCUAAUACACAAGGAUGAGGAGGCUGAGAUAAAGAAGCAAGACGCACCAAAGAGAGAGCCAAGAAUAAUCCCAAAGGAGGUGGAUUAUCCACCACUGCUCGGCAGAAUGCUAAUGCAAGAAAUGAACUUGUUGACUCCACCCAAAAUGGAGAUAGUCCCAAGAGAAUCAGUUUUGAACUUAUAUGUGCGAGAGGACAGGACAGACCAGUUACCCAUCUUGUUUCCUGAGCUUGUCAAAUCAAGUGAAAGUAUUGGGAAAUCUAGUGAGACUUGAAUCUAAAAACAAAUCAUGAUGGAUGAACUUGGUUCCUCAAGUGAAAGACUUGCCUCAAAGACAGUAAGGACAUUUGCCUGUGUUGUUUGGCUGAUGUGCUCAUUGGACUUGUAGUUUGAUAGACAAAUAAUUGUUUGUUUACAUUUAUCAAUAAAAAUGUGUUCUAAAUCA